UGGCGGUCCAGGCGCAUGGAGCAGCAGUAGCGGCGGCGGCGGCGGUGGCAGCAGCGGCAGCAGCCCCCUGACUGCAGUCGGCGCUUGCAGCCCCGCUGGGCCCCAGAGCCGAGCCUCGCCUCGCCUCGCUUUGCCUCAGGAACCAGCCUGCGAGGUGAGGCACCUGAGUGUCAGAGAGGGGAAGUGACUUGUCCAAGGUCACACAACCAGGAGGUAGAAGAAGCAGGACUCCAGCCCCAGAACUUGUGACUGUGAAGUGAAGAGUUCUUAAUCCUGAAGCAUACUACCUUGAGCUCUGGGAGCAAAGGCCCAGGCCCUCCUUGUUCUCUGAGUGGUCUCUCUUCGGCCUUCCAGGGACCCACCUGCAGCCCAGGGCUCUGGCCUGCCAUCUUUCUCUUUCCACUGGAGAAGGCGCUGAAGUGUUUGGGACCAAGUCUGUCCCUGCUUUCUGACCUAGUGAGAUCUUUCGGGAUCCUGACUGUGUCAUCUACCAGAAUCCUAGCAUCCCUGGAGUUGGCAGAGACCACAGCAGCGAACGUCUAGCCCGAUUUGUACCAGGCCACAAGAGUCAAGCCAUUGUGUAGGAGGGAGCUGAGGCCUGGCGCUGACUUGCCUAAGCUCUCACAGCCUUUGCCUUCCUCAACCUGCUCUACUUGUCUGUGGCCUUUCGGCACUCUCCUUGACCUACCUAAAGACCAAAUCAAGAAGAGAGGAAGAGACAACAGAGCAGACAGAGCACACAGAACCACCCCAGCUCCGGGAAGGUGGGAUCAUUGGGGAAGAAUUGACCAGAAGUAAGUUUCAGGCUCUCUGGGGCUGAGGAAGCAGCGUGGAACCGGCCACGACCACAGGUUUCUGCCGCUCGGCCUGGCCCAGGUUGGACAGAAGCAGCAGGGUAUGGAUUGAAACAAUAAAAGGUUAAAUUGAUGGAUGACCAACAAGAUAAGGAAUCUGCCUCAGAGGACGGAGGAACCAGGCUGAUUAAUGGGAUGAAAGAAAAUGGCUCAAAUGACCAGGAUCUGAUGGUGAAGCUGGCAGCGACGACAUUGCAGACUCUGACUCUGACACCCAAAGAGACUCUGGCAUCUACCCGGGGCCUUCUGCCUCUAACUUCUAAGAAGCCCUGCCUUCCAAGUCCUCCAUCUCCCCUGAGACUGACCGAUGCACCUGAACAUUCUUCUAAUGACUCUUCUGUGCAUGCCAUUGCCCUAACAUCUGGUGUAACCAAGGGCCUGAACACAUGGUCACUGCCAGGGGACUGUGAGAAAGCUCCACUCACCAUCAUGGAACCUGGAGGCAUGUCGGCCCUUACUGGUGACUGCCUUAUGCAGCCAAGUCGGACUUGCCUCGGCUGCUUCAUUGAGUCCAAGGAUGGAAUUGAUGCAGAACCAGGUAUCAGCUUGAAACCAGGUGAUAUAAAUAGGGAUUAUGACACCUGUUCUGUCUCUGAUAUAGGGAUUCAUUGUAUGAACACAGGAGAAACCAUGAGAUAUGGGGAUGAGCUGCUUUCUGACCAGCUCCUAAGCUUCCCUCUGCAUAAAUCUAGGGCAGGAGACAAAAGAGAUACAGAGAAAUCUGACAGUGACUCAGAGGACCCCACUCAGAAAAAUUAUUAUGAGGGGUUGCUAUUGGAUAAAUGCAAUGGUGAGGAAACUCUGCUUUCAAAUCCUAAUCAGGAAUGGGGCUACUUUGAAUCUUUCAUUAGUGAGAGCAAGAUUGAGCUCCUUGACCUCUGCUCAAAAAACGAGCUGUCAGUCAACCUAUUUUCAGAGGAGGAUGUAGACAACUAUAUGUUUGACGACGACGAUUCGACUCUGGGCAGUGACGUGUGCUCCCUGAAGAUCCGAUACGAAUCCUUCCAGGACAACGUGAGGGACAAGACCAAUGUCCUGCAGGAUGACGCCCAAUUCAACUUUUUCCCCAGUGUUUUCACCAGCUGCUCCAAGCGGGAUGCUAAGGGUGGGGGCCUGAAGCGCAGUGGAGACUCCUCCCAGUUCAAAGUCCCUGCAGAGAGCAUCAUCUGGGGGGAGGAGGAGGAGGAAGAAGAGGAAAAGAAAAGGAGAGACCAGGAAGUUGGAGUCCAGGAGAACCAAGGAGUAGAGGAAGAAGAAAAGGAGUUGGGAGGGGUAUCCACCUUAAGUAAACCAUGCAAAGGGACCGAUGUGGUCAAGUAUGUGAAUUCCAAGCGGAAUCCCUUUCUUGACUCUGCCAACUCUGCAGAGGACUCUGGGGAGUUCAGUGAUGACAGCUCCUGCACUGAAUCCUCAUACGACGCCUUGAAGGAGAUUAAGGAUUGUAGCCGCUAUCUUACCCGUGAUUCUCAUUCUGGCUCCUCUUCGUCCUCCACCACCAUCCAGCAGAACUAUGGACUGAGGGCUAAAAGGAAAGUCCGGUACAGUGAAGACUACCUGUAUGAUGUUGAUUCCAUAGAAAGUGAGAGGAUGUGUGAGAAGAAGGAAUGGCAGCCAGAUGGGCAGAAGGAGGAGGAUGAUGAUGAGUGGUGCCCCAAGAAGAGGCGGAAAGUACCCCGCAAGGAGCCUCCAGUCAUUAUCAAAUAUAUUAUUAUCAAUCGGUUCAAGGGUGAGAAGCACAUGCUGGUAAAGCUGGGUAAGGUGGAUGCCAGUGAGAUGACAGUAACAUUGAGUGAGGAACUGCUCCGAAAGUAUGCCAGGCUGGCCCCACUGAAGGGCUUCUGGCAAGAGAAGCAGCAGAAUCGCCUCGAUUCCCUUAGAUCCACCCUCUGCCACAAGCAAAGUGUCCACCUGAAUGGCCUCGAGGCCCCAUUCCCACCUCCUCCUCGGAAAAGAAAGUGUAAACUGGCUAACCGGCACAGAAUCCAGAGAAUCCAAGCCAUUGAGCAAUCGACGAACAAACAGGGCUCCUUCUCAGCCAGUGGCAGCAAAGAAGAUGCAGGCCCGAAAGGCGCACCUCAUACAGGGGCUGGAGCUACCUCCAGCUGUGCCAGCGAAGUGCAUUUAAAUGACAUGGCUGGUCCUGACUCAGUGAAGAGCCGAUCACAAGACCGAGAGUUCCGGAAAGGGCCAGAGAGGAAAGUGCUGCACAGAAUCAAAUUUAAAAGCGAGGCGAGGUUAAAAUGCAAGAAGAACAAAGCUGUGCAAGAAAGCAGUAAGGCAGCUACUCAUCCAGCCCUAGAAGGCCAAGAAGCUGGCUCCAGUCUCAAGAAUGAGAACAUUCGUAGAGCCCCAGAUAGCUCCCAUCGAUCUGAUUGUCAGGAAGAUAACACUGCUAAAAAUUCUCUCUUCUUACCAGCCACCUGCUCGCCUGACACGCCUCUGCCAUCUGCUAAUAUUGCCACCAGUGUACCGGUUAUCCCUGGAGGGUAUCUGCAGACGUUGUUAGAUGCAUCAGAUUUAUCAAAUGCUACUGCCAUCUCCUUCUUCACCCACCAUCCCCCAGGACAGCAUUCUGCUGCCCUUGCCCCACCAGAAAAAACAUUCACAUGUCUCCAAACUGGCCAGACCUGUGUGCUCUCCCCACCUUCUGAGUCUGAGCUGCAGCACUCACCCCAUCCCCUCAAAAUGGAUGCAAGUUCCUUUGGAAGUGUGUGGCCCAACAAAGCUAUGACUAGCCCUCAGGAUUUUGUGGCUGAUGCCCCAGGAGAGGCAACUGGGGCCCUCUCAGGCAAGUUUGGUGGCUCUGAAGCAAUUCCAGCAGGGGAUAACCUCUCAGCCACUAUGUACAGCUCAAUGGGGAGCAGCAAGCACCCAUACCCCACUAAAUAUAUGCAGGACAACCAGCUGCCAUCCGAUGAUGCCUAUCAGCCAUGCCAUUUCAAUAAUGCAGAGGGCUGCUUUCCUUUCCAUCGGGGCACGCUUAACACAGACAAUGGCCGGCUCAUUAGCUUUGAUUCUGUGGGCUCGCUGUCAGUCAGCUCAAGCAAUUACAGCUCCUUGAGCUUGAAGUCUUGUGAAAAGGAGGGUGACGAGGAUAUCAAUGAUGACUUCUUAGCUCACUGCAGCCCCAAGCUGGUUAUCCAGCAGAGCAUUGAUGAGAUCACCCCCCUGAAGGAGUCCACUGACCUCCUGGACAUCUCUAACUUUACACCAGACAAGUUCCGCCACUCGUCUCUCUCAGAGAUGUCCCCACCGGACACCCCUAGCCUUUCCCCACAAAUCACAGGCUCAGAGAAUGGCAAGACACUAGGGGUGCUUAAGGUGUUCCCAGAGGGCACCCCAGGCCCUUUGGGCAAUGGAGAGAAGGUCAAGUGGGACUGUGGCAGCCUUCCACACCAAGAUGAGACAGGUGAUGGAUUUACUUUAUGUAACCAUCAGUUUCAGUUCCAUAUGUUCAAUGAUGAGGACUCUGUGGGCCUACUCCAAAAAAACCCUUGCCUGUCAACAUUUAAUGAGCCAUCUGGUCAAAUUAGCACCAGUAGCAAAGUGUCAAAAUCGAAAAAGAAAAGUUCACCCAGCAAGGGUGGGGCAACAAACCAAAGCUCUUCCCCAAAAGGCACCAGGAAAAAGACUUCUAAAGCCAACAAUAAAGGAAUUGAAAAGUCACCCAGCAAAGCCUCCCGCCAGACCCCCAAGUCAACAAGGAAAGGAAAAUAUGCAGCAGCUAUGGCUAAUGGUGAGAAAACUCAAGUUGGUAUCAUCCGAGGAUGUGGUCAGCUCAACAGUGCUGCCACGGGAAAGUUGUUGGCAGGAUGCGUACACCAUGGUAGCCCCACAUCCCCUGUGAAGAUGACAGGCCACAAGGAGUUCUCUGGGGAGUGGGCAGUGGGGAAGGAAAGUGGCGCAGGCUGGACUGAUGUGGGCAUGGGCAAUGCCAACAGCCUCCUGGAUGAUGACCAGAGAGAAUUCGAAGAACCUUCUAACAUUUUGUCCAACAUUGCUUCUGGCAUGGCUGAUGUGCAGAGAUUCAUGAUGGCCUCCAUGGAGCCCCUUUGGGGUCCAGUAGGCCAUCAUGGGGUUCCAAACAUAUACCGCUCCCCUGAGUCCAACAGCUUGAAGUUAAAAACCCUAAAAAUCUUGGCUAGUACACCACAAGAGUCCAAGAAAAAGGCCAACAGUGGCUCACCGGGAGCCAGUAAGAACCACAGGUCGCCCAAGGGUUCAAGCAGAAGCAGUGGGAAAGCAGUUGGAGGUGAUCCUGGCCGGGCAAACACAGCAGGGUACAACACAGACAUUCACCCUCCUUUCUUGGAUAAAAACUAUAGUAACCUGAGCACUUUAGGAAAUAACGGACCAACACACAAAAAGUUAUACCGUCACAAAUCCAGCUCAAAAACCCUGAGGGAUGAGAAUUGUAAGGGAAAACGUCAGGAGCGGGAAGCAGCCCUCAAGGACUCAGCUGGGACAUCUACUUUUGAAAAACUGAGGUAAUACUGCACCAAAAUGGCUCAAAUACACCCUUACCUUUCCUACUACCUGCUAAGCCUGCAGUCCCACAUUUUUUCCUUCCUCAAAAACAAAUUUGCAUGAAAGAGACCAUCCCCUUUCCCCCUCUCACCUUUUGCAAAAUUAAAAAGGAAAAGAAAGGGAAAAAGGGCACCAGAUGUACUCAUACUUGCAAGCUACCUAGAAAGAAUGGGAAAAAAAAACGAAAACAAAAACAAAAAAACAAAAAACUCAAAAAAACCCCCCAAAACAAACAAACAAACAAGAUUCUUUUUUCUUGACUCAGCUGGUAUUAAACACCAACAAGGCUCCUUUUUUUUCCUCCCCUCCAGUUUUGGCUUCAGUUUUUAUUCUUUAUUUUCUGAGGGGAGAAAACCCCACAAUAAUCAGCUGUGCUCUUCUUAAUGAUUUAGAAAAGGGAAAGACUUCAGGGGGAACCACCUUUUGUAAAAAAAAUCCAAGUUUAUGAAACACACAAAAGCUAAAAUGGCUUCAAUGCAAAGGAUCUUUAGUUGGACAUUUGAAAGCUCAUCCCUCACUGAGCUGCAUGUGGCCCCCUCUGCUGUUUAUAGCUUUGCCUGCAUCCUUCAGCAUCCGCCACAGCCAAGUUAACAUUAAUAGAUGAUCCUGUGGUGGGACAUCCAUGAAAGCUAACAAGGAUGGCAUAAAAAGUUUGUUUUUCUGCAGGGAAUUCAGACUAUGAUCUUCUUAAAGCAGAAACAGCAUUUUGAGGAUUUCCCUGUGCUGGAAGACAAGACUUAUUAUUCUCUAAAAAAAAAAACAUUUGAUGUUUGUUUUCUGUUUCUUUCGAAAUCUGCCUUGUGGUAUGUUGACAUGUAAGUGCUGAAAUUGAGUUUGACCUUGUGGGAAUACUUCUUUAAAUGCAAGCCCUAACCUGGGAUUCUCUAUGAAAAACUUUUAAUGAGUCAGACAGUUGUACAGUAGUUGAUGCACUAUGGCCCAAAAGGAAAACAACAACAAAAACACCAAGUUAUUGUGCCAAACUGAUGAACAAGUGACUGGACUGGAAACAUUUUUCCUUUUUUCUCAGCAUUGGGUUAUGAGUGUUUGGGGAAUUUAGCCCCUUUGAUUUAACAAGAAACAUUCCAGUGGUCUGCUAUUAACCAACCCCUACUUCCUUGGGUAACAGCUGUAGUUCUAGGGGAAAACUGGGUUGUUCAUUUACACCAAUUUACCAAAACUUAUGGACAAGGUUUAACAAUGUGCCAAAUUGACUGACCUCAUUUUCACAGAUGCACCCCCACAGUUUACAGCUCAAAAGGAUUCUCUCUUACAUACACACACACACACACACACACACACACACAAAUACACACACACACACACACACACACACACACACACACACACACACACACACUAAACUGCUAAACAAACACUAAAGUCCUGUUUAGAAACAGGACCAAAUCGACAAGGCGAUGAGAUCUUUUUGUUCACUCUCUCCUUGCCGAAGAGUUGAGUUAUAUUAGAAGAAUAUAGAAAACACACCAGGUAAGUCCAGUAUAAGAACUUGAGUGUACACAUUUAAAGAACAUUUUUGAAGGAAAUGAGACAGCUGCUUUGAAAGUUUCUGUUUUCUAAAAGCAAACUCUGUAGCUGAAGAUUAUCUAAAGUGCAAAGUUAUAUUGCUGAUCCUUUGUAUCUCCGUUUUAUAUCUUUUCUAAGAACCUGGGGAAAAUUCUAAACGUCGGCAUCAAGUCUGUGCUGAUGAACCAAGUGCGUUGAUUGUUGUUUAAAACAUUUCAUUCUGGUUUGUGUCUUCUCUGGCUUCUAUGUUCUUGGAGUAUUUAAUUUCAUAAUGCUAAUGUCAUGUGACUUGUGUUUUGGAUUUUAUUGAGUAUUUUAGUUUGAUCAUUUAUUUCCCUUUGAGUUUAUGUCAAAGAACACAGAACAGUCUUGAGGGGAUGAGCCAAUUAGGGCUGAACAACCUUAAUUGGGGGACAAGCAUCAAGUGCUGUCCACUCAACCCAGUCCCAAAAGAAACAAAGUCUCUUUGCUUAGUGCCACAGUUCACACAUCCACUGAUAUCAGCCCCUUUUGCCCCUCCAACUAACCCAUGCCCCUAAUUUAAAAUUGAUCAUCUUUUACUUGCAGUGGAGAGCUUCCAUGUCUGAUGCAUUCUGAUCCAAAGUGAGAUCAUGGGGGUAAAAAUACUAUGAAAACUACUGAGCACUGUACAGGGAUUGUUAUUAUUCUUAUCAUCAUAAUUAUUAUUUAUGCUACUGACCUAGGAGCAAGAGGGCUGGGGUGGUGAGAAAGAGGUAAAGUGGGUGGGAGAGAAAGCUUAGGAGGCAAGAAAAGGACAGUGCAGAUUGUGAAAGGGAGAAUGUGAGCACGGGUACCUGUAGAUAGGGACUAGUUAGUUGUUGCCUUUCUGACACGUUCACAUGGAGCUUUGGAAAGGCGCUAGAUAAGGUAUGGAAGGAGAGUCAUUCAGAAGCACUGAAUGUCAGAACUGGGAAGGACCUUAGAGAUCGCUGAAUCCAACUCCCUCAUUUUACAGGUGAGGAAACUGAGGUCGAGGGAGAAAUGACCUGAGGUUAUACCAUGAGUCACUGGCAGGGCCAAGACUCAACCCCAAACUUCCUGACUCCUGAUCUGGGUUCAUGAUUCAUUUCAACAGUCUGCUCUGUUGACAGCUCUACAGCCAGGAAACACACAGGUAGCAAAAUGAACAAAGCCAGCCGUGCCCUCAACAUCAACCUUGAUUUUCCCUGGACGAGUGGGCAAGGAGCUAUUUGAAAGGCCAAUGACAGAACUUAGGCUUUGACGGUCAACAAACAUUGACUCUGCUGUGUAACUUGGUAACAAUGGAAUCUUGACACCGAGCGAAGCAGGUCCCUUGCUCCACAACUGCUGUCCAAAAGGGAAAAAAACCAAACUGGAAUAUGCUCAUUCCACCACUGUUAGGCACAGUGUGUGUUGACUGUGCUGAAUGCAUGGAGGCUGGUUUCUAGAGCUGACCAAUUCAAGUUGGUUUAGCAAACUUUUCUUAAUUACCUGUUGUGUUCCAAACAUUGUAUCUCCCCCAGAGAAGAGAGCACAAAGUUUCACUAAGAUGCAGCCUCUUCCGUCAUGGAGCUCACAAUCUGGGAGGAAGAUAUGACACGAACCCAGAUAACUAUAGUGCACAAUACUAUGGACAUUAAGAAAAUCAAGGGGCUGUAUGAGCUUUGAUAGAGGAAUCAUGACCUGUGGAGGUUGGCAAGGAGGCUUCUUGGAAGAGAUUGCAUUUGAACUGAGCUUCAAAGGAUAGGUAGGAAGUAAUCAGGUAGAGAGAGGUAGGGAGGACAUUCCAAGCAAAAAAGCAUGAACAGAGUCAUAGAGGUCAGAGAGGUCCAGAUGUGAUGGGAGUCUGGGAGUGGAGGGUGGUGGGAGGAGGGAGUUUGACAUGAUUCUGAGUCUGAUCCAAACAGACAGUGUUGGAAAUUGCUCCAUAAGUAGAAAAGAUGAGAUAAAAAGAAAAGUGGAUGGCUGGGGGGGGGAGGGAUUCACAGAGAGUUAUUGUCAGUUCUACCUUGAAGUGGGGAGGAUGAAGGUAGGGGUUGGGGGUAGCAAGAAAUCAAUAAAUGAUAAGAAUAUUUCCAUGUCUCAACUUGCUGUUACCAACUCCUUUGGAAAGGGGUAUUUUGAUGGUAUCUCUUGGGAACCAAUGAAGGACUUGGUCUAGGGAAUAACACCUCUUUCUCUCCUCAAACCACUGACAUUUCAAAGCGCCUUUUUAUUGGCCUGAAAACCAUUGUGUGUCCAAAGGUAUGACUGUGACUCAGACUCCUAAGGAAAGACACUGCAUCUAACACAAAAUGAGGACCUGUACAUGGGAGUGAACUGCAGUAGGAUUUGGAACAUGAGAUUGUAGAGCUGGAAGGGACCUUAGAGAUAAUGUAAUAAUACAACCCCUUUAUUGCACAGCUAGCUAGGUGGCAUAGUGGAUAGAGUGCUGGACUUGAAGUCAGGGCAGACUUGAGUUCAAAUCCUGCUUCAGACA